AUGUCUUCUUCCAAGAAAUCCUCAUCCUCGUCAUCUCGCAAAUCCCGAUCGCACGAUCCCAUCUACGAAUCAGGCUACAGUAGUAAAUCCUACGGCACAACCUACAGUUCCAUGUCGCCUUUCUGGACGAUCGGCACCCUGCUCGGUGCUUCGAGCGUUGCGCUCGGCGCUUUCGGUGCACAUGGGCUCAAGCAACGGAUCAGGGAUCCAGCGCUCAUCGCGAGCUGGGGAACCGCUGCUCAAUACCAGCUCGUUCACUCCGUUGUCCUGACUAUGACCUCCGUCGUCGCACCGGGAAAUACAAUCGCAAUGGCGCUCUUCACUGCGGGUAUGACUAUGUUCUCUGGAAGCAUAUAUCUCCUUGUAUUAGACGCCAAGAAGUACAAGUCUUUGGGACCCGUUACACCAAUUGGUGGUGCCUGUCUCAUUGCAGGCUGGCUUGCGCUUGCGGCGAGGGGAAAGAUGGUUACACCUAGACCCAGGUCGUCUUGA